CAAUCGAACCAGAUCGAGAAGGCGGUUGGCUUGGAGAAACUCAAGGUCUUACAAGUCUUGGAUCUGUCUGGCAACCAGAUCAACAGCUUGGAGGGUCUGGAAGACCACCUCCUCCUGCAGGACAUCAACCUGGAAGAUAACCAGGGGAAAUUCAUCGUCACUUUCAAAUAUAACGACUUCUACUAUGGGCUGAGCCGAGAGAUCAUUGAAACCAUCGCUAGGGAGGGGCUGGCCACCUGCGUGCAUUUAGACAUAGAGCAGGAAGGUCUGGAGAAGAAUCCAGAGAACGGAGAGGCGGAAGGUAAGACUCCUGUGGCGCAAGGAGGGAAGAGAAUUGUGGGGGAAAGAGGGCAGAGGGGCUGA